AUGAAAACUAUACAACGUGAGAGUUUCGUUUACAAAUAUGGGAAAAUUCUAAAUCUCUUGGCAGUGAAUGUGCAAACAGGGGCACUCACAGCAUUGGCUCAGUAUUAUGAUCCUCUCUUAAGAUCUUUCACCUUCCAAGACUUUCAGUUGGCCCCGACAUUAGAGGAAUUUGAGCGAAUAUUGGGUUACUCCCUAGAAAGAGGAAAUCCUUAUCGAUAUACUGGGCAACCACCGAAGUUGGACACAAUUGCGGAAGUGUUGAAGAUCGACAUAAGAGAGUUGGCAAGUACAAAAGAGGAAAAAGGGGCUAUUCAUGGGUUUUCAAGAAAAUAUCUAGAGCAAAAGUGCCAAGAUUUAGCCGAUAAAAAAGAAUGGAGUACUUUUAUAGAUGUUUUGGCCCUCAUUAUCUACGGUAUUGUUAUAUUUCUAAACCUUGAUAACUUUGUAGAUUUUGCUGCCAUAAAUGUAUUUUUAGCUUUUAAAAAACAUAAACAAAACUCAGUUCCUGCGGUUCUUGCUGAUGUAUACUACUCUAUGCAUAUGCGACACGAGAAGAAAGGGGGAACAAUUUUAUGUUGUGUUCCAGUGUUGUAUACUUGGUUUGUGUCUCACAUAUUCAAGAAAGGGUGUCAUGUUGGGGUCAAGAGCAAUCGUGAAUGGGCUCAGAGUAUAAUAAAAGCUAUUGAGGGGUAUAAUGUUUAUGGCCUUGAAGCUUUCGAUAUGUGUUUGGUUCCUGAUGUGACUAUCCCUGCCAAAUUCAAGGUUCCUGACUUUGAAAAAUACAAGGGCAACACAUGUCCUAAAAAUCAUCUAACUAUGUAUUGCAGAAAAAUGGCAUCUCAUGCUCAUAACGAUAAACUUCUCAUUCACUUCUUCCAAGACAGUUUGAGUGGGGCAUCGUUAAGUUGGUAUAUGCAUCUUGAGCGAAAUCAAAUUCGUUCAUGGAAGGACCUAGCUGAUGCCUUUUUGAAGCAAUACAGGUACAACGUUGACAUGGCCCCUGAUAGGAUGCAAUUGCAAAAUUCACUGAAAAAUGACAACGAAGCUUUCAAAGAAUACGCACAACGGUGGAGGGAAAUGGCCUCACAAGUAGAACCCCCAUUAUCUGAAAGAGAAAUGGUUGGUAUGUUUAUGGAUACUCUCCCGUCGCCUUUUUUUGACAAGAUGAUUGGGAGUAUGUCAUCAAACUUUUCUGACCUUGUCAUGAUAGGAGAAAGGAUAGAAAGUGGGAUGAGGAGUGGCAAGAUCGUAUGUGCAGCAACUAGCGUGAAACGACCCCAGACGACAUUCACAAAAAAGAAAGAAGGAGACACUAACGCUGUAAUGGUAAACCCCAGAAUCUCUUAUUUUCCACCCAUCAAUUCUUAUCGACCCCCAAUUUUCCAGCCCCCGAUACCACAAAAUCCUUACACCCCUUAUCCAUAUGUGGCCGCAACCACACAAGCUUCAUUCCCUCAAUAUCACCCUUCAAGACCACCUUUUUAUCAACCACCACCUACCGCAUUUUCCCCAAAUCUUAAGCCAACUCCUAGCAGGCCAAAUGCAAUAAUUGUCCAAGCACCAAUCCCGUUUCCUUAUGGAAAUACCAAGGCAGUACCAUGGAAAUACGAAGUCACAUCCCACUUGGUAGAUCAUCAACCAAGUGGUGGUUGUGAACCUAAAGGAACUGAUGUCACUAACAUCUCAUGGAUUGGUGGAAUGACUCGGAGUGGUCGAGUAUACACUCCUGAGCAACUUAGGAAAAAGGAGGAAGCUAAUGAAUUUUUGAAGUUUGUCAAGCAAAGUGAAUAUAAGGUGGUGGAUCAGCUAAAUCAAACCCCUUCCAAGAUAUCAGUUUUCUCCUUGUUAUUGAAUUAUGAAGCACAUAGAAGGGCUUUGAUGAAAGUUUUAAACGAAGCCCAUGUUACUCACGAUAUCACUGUCGAUCAGUUUGAUGGAGGUGUCGGUAACAUUACUGCUAGUAGUUGCCUGAGUUUUAGUGAUAAUGAAUUACUAGCUGAAGGGAUAGAGCUUAAUAAAGCACUACACAUCUCUGUAAGGUGUCACAAUCAUAUUCUUGCACGAGUGCUAAUAGAUAAUGGUUCAUCAUUAAAUGUCAUGCCUAAAUCAACACUGUCAAAACUAUUUGUUGAGGGAGCCUGUUUGAAGCCUAGUGCUUUGGUGGUGAAAGCGUUUGAUGGAUCUAGAAGACAAGUGAUUGGUGAGAUUGACCUGCCAAUUCAAAUCGGACCCCACAUCUUUGGGAUAACCUUCCAAGUAAUGGAUAUUAAACCGGCGUACAGUUGUCUUUUAGGGAGACCAUGGAUUCAUGCUGCUGGAGCAGUGACAUCCACUCUCCAUCAAAAGCUAAAGUUUACAGUGAACAAUAAGCUGGUAAUAAUAUAUGGGGACUACAGCUACAUUGAAGACAUGGAGGAAGCCAUAGAGACUUCCUUUCAAGCAUUAGAAAUUGUCAAUGUUGUCUUCAUGGGUGAAGGAUGUCGUUUAAAAGAACCAAAACAACCUACCAUAUCAUUGAAGUCUACCAAAUCCAUGUUAGAAGGAGGAGUUUUUCUCAAUUUGGGGAAGUUGAUAGAAAUACCAGAAAAGAACAAUAGAUACGGGUUGGGAUAUGUACCUACUCAAGCUAAUGAAGAAAAGGCUGCGAAGGAAAAAAAGAGAAAACAAGGUGACUCGUUGGGAAAACUGGAUACCGAAUUCACAGAAGAUUCCUAUUUGUGCGCUAGAACCCUUUCUUGUAAUUUUGAACGUCUAAUUAAUCACGCUGAUGAGGAUAGUGAAGAUGACUGUGAGCCUUCCCCAGAACUAGAAAGCUUAAUUGAACGGGAAGCUAAGAUAAUCCAACCCUAUCAAGAACCUGUUGAGGUGAUCAAUUUAGGGACUGAGCAUAUAAAAAAAGAAGUUAAAAUUGGUAUGUCUAUGAAAGAAAGUGAGCGAGAAAAGUUGGUUAAACUUUUAAUUGAUUAUGUGGAUGUCUUUGCAUGGUCAUAUCAGGAUAUGCCCGGGUUAGAUACUAACAUAGUUGAACACAAGCUACCACUAAAGCCUGAAUACACUCCAAUUAAACAGAAGUUGAGAAGGAUGAGACCUGAUAUGUCGCUUAAAAUUAGAGAAGAGGUCAAGAAGCAAUUUGAUGCUGGUUUCUUAGCAGUAGCAAAAUAUCCUCAAUGGGUGGCUAAUAUUGUACCAGUUCCAAAGAAAGAUGGAAAGGUUCGAAUGUGCGUUGAUUAUCGGGAUUUAAAUAAAGCUAGUCCUAAAGAUGAUUUUCCUCUACCUCAUAUUGAUGUCCUAGUGGAUAGCACUGCUCAAUACUCUCUUUUCUCCUUCAUGGAUGGUUUCUCAGGGUACAAUCAAAUCAAGAUGGCUCCCGAAGAUAUGGAAAAAACUACGUUCAUCACACAAUGGGGGACUUUCUGCUAUAAAGUGAUGCCAUUUGGAUUGAAGAAUGCCGGGGCAACCUAUCAAAGAGCAAUGGUAACCUUGUUUCAUGACAUGAUGCAUAAGGAAAUAGAGGUUUACGUGGAUGAUAUGAUCGCAAAAUCUCGAACUGAAGAAGACCAUGUUGUUAACCUUCAAAAGUUAUUUGAGCGACUAAGGAAGUUCAAACUUCGUUUAAACCCUGCUAAAUGCACAUUUGGUGUAAGAUCAGGCAAAUUACUUGGGUUUAUCGUUAGUCAAAAAGGGAUAGAGGUGGACCCAGAUAAAGUAAGAGCAAUACAAGAAAUGCCGGCCCCACGCACGGAAAAAGAAAUUCGUGGCUUUUUGGGUAGAUUGAAUUACAUUGCAAGGUUUAUAUCGCACCUCACCGCUACAUGCGAGCCGAUUUUCAAAUUGUUGCGCAAAGACCAAAAGGUUGAAUGGAAUGAGAAUUGUCAAAAAGCUUUCGAAAAGAUUAAGCAGUACUUAUCAAAACCUCCCAUCCUAGUGCCCCCUGUUCCUGGGAAACCACUUAUUAUGUACUUAACAGUACUUGACGAGUCAAUGGGCUGCGUACUGGGGCAGCAUGAUGAAUCUGGUAGGAAAGAACAUGCUAUUUAUUAUUUGAGCAAAAAGUUCACCAGUUGUGAAACAAGAUAUUCACUACUUGAACGAACAUGUUGCGCAUUGGCAUGGGCUGCUCGUCGGUUGAGACAAUACAUGUUAUGUCAUACAACUUGGUUGGUGUCUAAAAUGGACCCAAUUAAGUACAUCUUUGAGAAACCUGCUCUUACUGGAAGGAUCGCCCGUUGGCAGAUGUUGUUAUCAGAAUACGAUUUGGUAUAUGUUACACAAAAAUCCAUCAAAGGAAGCGCACUAGCAGAGUACUUAGCCCAUCAACCGGUAGAAGAUUAUCAAUCAAUGCAGUGUGAAUUCCCCGAUGAAGACAUAAUGAAUUUAGUUGAAGAGAUUGAAUCAUCUGAUAAAGAAAAGUGGAGGUUGGUGUUUGAUGGUGCUUCUAAUGCGUUAGGGCAUGGAAUUGGAGCCAUUUUGAUUUCUCCAGAAAACCAGUUCACUCCAUUUACGGCUAGGUUGUGUUUUGAUUGUACAAACAAUAUUGCUGAAUAUGAAGCAUGUGUUAUGGGCAUUAAAGCGGCUAUUGAAUCAAAUGUAAAAUUUCUUGAGGUAUAUGGAGACUCAUUGUUGGUCAUCCAUCAGACGAAAGGAGAUUGGGAAACGCGAGAUUCUAAAUUGAUUCCGUAUCACACCCAUAUCAAAGAAUUGACAGAACAAUUUGAGAAGAUUACUUUUCACCAUAUCCCUCGAGAAGAAAACCAGUUAGCUGACGCCUUGGCCACUUUGUCGUCAAUGUUCAAAAUAACCACUAAUCAAGACGUGCCGGUCAUAAAGAUUCAACAAAGAGAUAAACCUGCAUAUUGCUUAUCAAUAGAAGAAGAGUUGGAUGGCAAGCCGUGGUUUUAUGACAUCAAAUCAUAUGUUAAGAAUAAGGAAUAUCCAUUGGGUAUUUCAGAGAACGACAAAAGGGUUUUAAGGAGAUUGUCAAUGAAUUUCUUCUUGAAUGGUGAUGUGCUUUAUAAGAGAAAUCAUGAUAUGGUUCUCCUCAGAUGUGUGGAUAAAGCAGAAGCGGGGAAAAUUAUCCAAGAGGUUCACGAAGGUUCUUUCGGAACUCAUGCAAAUGGGCACACAAUGGCUAGAAAAAUCUUAAGGGCUGGCUACUACUGGUUGACCAUGGAAUCCGACUGCUUUAGUCACGUAAAGAAAUGUCACAAAUGUCAAAUCUAUGCUGAUAAAAUACAUGUACCACCCACUUCUUUGAAUGUUUUAACAUCACCAUGGCCAUUUUCAAUGUGGGGAAUGGAUGUUAUUGGACUCAUCGAGCCUAAGGCUUCAAAUGGACACCGGUUUAUCCUAGUAACUAUUGAUUAUUUCACAAAAUGGGUUGAAGCUGCUUCUUACGCCAAUGUGACGAGAAGUGUGGUUGUCAGAUUCAUCAAAAGAGAAUUGAUUUGUCGAUAUGGAUUUCCAAAUAAGAUAAUCACUGAUAAAACGACUAAUCUGAAUAACAAAAUGAUGAAAGAGUUGUGUGUUAAUUUCAAAAUUCAGCACCAUAAUUCUUCUCCAUAUCAUCCGAAAAUGAAUGGGGCUGUAGAAGCAGCAAAUAAGAAUAUCAAGAAGAUCAUACAGAAGAUGGUGGAGACAUAUAAGGAUUGGCAUGAAAUGCUUCCUUUUGCAUUACAUGGCUAUAGAACCUCUAUUCGUACCUCAACAGGGGCAACUCCUUUCUCAUUGGUGUAUGGAAUGGAAGCGGUACUUCCCAUCGAAGUCGAAAUUCCCUCAAUCAAAGUCCUGAUGGAAACAAAACUAGAAGAGGCAGAAUGGGUUCAAUCACGAUAUGACCAAUUGAAUCUCAUAGAAGAAAAAAGAAUGAUAGCUUUGUGUCAUGGUCAACUAUAUCAAAAAAGACUCAAAAAAGCUUACGAGAAAAAAGUCCGUCCUCGAGAGUUUCGAGAAGGAGAAUUAGUGUUGAAGAAAAUAUUGCCCAUAAAAAAAGAUUCUCGGGGAAAGUGGACUCCGAACUACGAAGGACCAUAUGUUGUGAAAAAAGCUUUCUCUGGGGGAGCUCUAAUACUCGCAGAAAUGGAUGGAGAUGAGCUUCCACUUCCAGUAAACUCAGAUGCAGUCAAAAAAUAUUAUGCUUAA